GAAGGAGAAGAGAGAGACAUCGCCGCAGGCGUGCCCGAGAAGAGGGGACAGGAACUGACACAGACCCCUCAAGGAGGAAAGGGCAGGGGCAAAGAGCCACAGGCAAACGAGGCGCAAAAGAAGAAGAAAAAGAAAAACAAAGGCUUGAAAAGGCCUCUUUGGUGGGCAGCCAAGAAAGUAAACGGCAAGGGUAGGGGUCAAGUGAACAGCGAGGAAGCCCCGCCAAAAGAAACAGCGUCAGAGCCUGAGGACCCCCGCGCUCCUGUGACAAUUUCUUUUCAUCUCCCACCGGCUCCUUCUCUUGAAGAAAAGGAGCCACUUCUUCCUCCCGAUCAGACAGAUCAGCCUGUUAGUCUGGAUAAAUCGGAGGCAGAAAAGGCGCUGACCGAAAAAAGGAACAGCUGGGCGGAUGCCACCGAGGACGAGAGGGGCGAGAUCGUAGGGAGGUUAGAAGAAGUUCAUCAAGAUGCAGAGGGGGUCUGGUACGGGAUGACAGUGCAGGGCACCAACUUCAGCAGCCUGAGGGCAUGGAGGCUUGCUCACCCUGGGCCAGGAAAUUACCUGUAUGUCUGCUACCGCGACACUCCCGCCGAGCAGAGGCUGAGACUGGGCGGAGUAGCAUACGCUCUCAAAGCAAAGCGGAUAAACACAAUCAACAUGGACUGGGGAAAGAAUUGCGAGGACACCCAAAACGCUCCUUCAGGCCUUCCCGAGGUCGAAACGGAAGCCUUGCAGGAGCUUGCCCGCAGAGCGGGGGCUCCUCCUCCUCCUCUUCCCCAGGAGGAAAAGAAGGAAAACAAGAAGCGAGAAAGUUCCUCAAGCAGCAGCAGCCGCCGCAAAAAGAAGUCGAAAAGGAGAGGCCAGCAAAGAUUGAAGACUGAGUUGCUGGCUGUGAAGAAGAAGUUAGUUGUUGAGCUCAUGCCUGUCCUUCAAGCAGCAAAGAGGCAGCGCACAUUGCAGCAAGCGUUUGGCAAUGGUGGUGGUGGUGGCGCUGGCGCGCAUCCUAUGAUGAUGAUGGGAAUCUUCUUGGAGCGGCAGCUCAUGGGGGAGAAGCGGCAACCUGUUGUCAGCUUGGGGCUUGGGCAGACUCAACUGCACCGACUGAAGAAAGACGACAGUUCUUCCAGUGGAGAGACAGACAGCAGCGGCGGGGACUUAGCCACGGACCACCGUUUGAGGGUGGUUGCUCGCCGCCUUCCUGGUUAUCUGACCCGCAGAGCUGCCAAGGAUGCUUCCACACUUCUGGCGCAAUCAACGGUGGGGGAGGAGACCACGGUUUUUGGAAUUUUCAGGAGGUAUUACAGGCAAGUGUUGCAAACAAAAACUUCCUCGCGCCCGAUGCUUCGGGAGAUGGCAACUCUGCGUUCAGCCCUGGACAAGAUUGUGGAUGGAUCGAUACUCGAAGUAGCAGAUCUUCUUUCACAACGUCUCAAGUCUCUAGAAAUGAUCGCAAGUGGAUCAGACCCCAUGGUUGCAACAGAAGUGGAGCUGCUGACUCGAGAGCUCCAGGGACUGGCAUCGGAGGCGGAAAGCCGUUAUGCCCACAAAGAAUUCCAGGCAGGAGUGAAAUUGAACAGAGCCUUGAAAGGAGAGCAAGGUCAUGACGCCUGCCUCCUGAAUAAUGACGCGCGGCCCGACGAUUCUCGUACAGAGAAGAAACUUUCUGAUUUGCGACAAAAACUCUCCUACUUGAAGAAGGAGAGCUCGCAGGGCACUUCCAUGGACGGUAUUUUUCCGAUCCCCUUGCCCCCGGGUAAGUGGACCUUGGGCGGCGAGAAGCAUGAGGAGUGGGGAGAGGGCAUCAUAAGAAGUUUGAAUUGGUUGGCCACAGGAUCCUUUGCCGUAGGGAAGGGAGUCCCUACUAGGUGGGCGAAUGUGGACGAAAGCUUGCCAAAGGCAGGCGUUGCCGGAAUUGUUCCAGCGGCAGACCUCUGUACAGGCGGGAUGCGGGAUUUCAUUUUAGACCCUGAACGGUGGCUGAAACCUGAGUCCCAACGGGCGUGGAUCCGCCCACCAAGGGUCAUGAUUCCGUACGAGGCUGGAAAGCCUUCCUUGACAGAACUCCUGCAAGAGGAGUAUUUGACCAUGAAAGUGCCUCGGAAUGAGAAGAAGGCAGUGGUGAAUGCCACGGCGGCGGAGGUACAAGGGGCUUGGAUCGAUGGUCAGUCCGGGGUAUGUUCAGCCAAGAGUAGCACAGUUGCAAAAUAUUUGCUGGGAAUGCUGGACGUGAUUCAAAAGCGAAGGGCUUCAAAGAAACAACUUCAGAUGCUUGCAGGUGGCCUGGUUUAUCUUUUUUCGUUCCGCAGAUGCCUCAUGUCCUGCUUGAAUGACAUUUGGAAAUUCAUCGUUGGAUGCCAAGAUGACCGGAAGCUUGCACUGGUAAGAGGAGAGCUCCCGGACAACGAUCCUGAGGGCGGCAUUGUCGUGAUUAGUGCCUUUGAUGGGGUAGGAUCACUGCGAUUGGCCUUAGACCUGUUGAACGCACCAGUUGCGGGAUAUAUUGCAAUUGAACGAAACCCACAGGCUAGGUGUCACUUCGUUUUCCUCAUCCUUGCCCCCAGGAUGGAUCCCAGAG